AUGGAUACGAGACAAGUUAUAGAUACGUCCGCGGGACCAGUAGCUCUAUCUACCACUUUCAAUAAUGACGGCAGCUGCUUUUCUGUUGGCUUAGAUUCGGGUUUCUGCGUGUUCAAUUCCGACCCGUGCGAACUUAAGGUAUCGAGGAAUUUCAAUGCCGGAAUCGGAGUUGUGGAAAUGCUGGGUCAAUCCAACUACCUGGCGCUUGUGGGAGGCGGACGUAGGCCCAAAUUCCCCCAAAACAAGUUGAUUAUCUGGGACGACGCAAAGCAGAAAGCCGUGAUCACACUUGAAUUUCGCACGUCCGUCUUACGAGUCCGCCUCACCAAGUCACGCAUUGUUGUUGCAUUGCACAACAGUAUCCAUAUUUUUGCAUUUUCCGUUCCACCGCGAAAACUGUCGGUUUUCGAAACAGUGGACAACCCCCUUGGCUUAUUGUGCUUAGGCCGGCGAUUGCUGGCGUUCGCUGGUCGGUCUCCUGGGCAAGUCCAAGUGGUGGAACUGGAAACCGGAAAUGUUAGCAUUAUUCCGGCACACAGUUCGCCUUUAAGAGCUUUGACGCUUAGUUCCGAUGAAGCCUUAUUAGCGACAGCGAGUGAAAUGGGAACCCUCAUCCGUGUAUUUGCCAGUAGUAAUUGCGCUAAAGUUGCGGAAUUGCGGAGAGGAGUUGACCAUGCGGACAUAUUCUCAUUGGCCAUAUCGCCAUCCAACACGCUUCUCGCUGUUACGUCGGACAAAUCUACUUUACAUAUUUUCGAUCUCCCUCAUGCAUGCAAUUCUAUCCCAAACUACCAGCCACCACCCGCCACGGGAGAAGAAGGGCUUUAUCAAAAAUGGGGAUUUCUAGGGAAAAUACCACUCCUUCCACGACUAUUUUCCGACGUAUAUUCAUUCGCCAGUGCCCCUUUCGAGAUCAGUGAUGAUGCUCCUCCAGGCGCGACCUAUGUUCCGCAAUUGGGUUCCUCUUCUUGCCGACCACCCAAAGGGCUUAUUGGCUGGACCAGCGAUGACACGCUCCUGCUAAUAGGUGCGGGGAAAGACGGAAGAUGGGAGAAGUUCGCGAUCCAAGAAGGUCAAGAUGGAAAACGUGUCUGUACUAGAACCGGGUGGAAGCGAUAUUUAGGGAGCUGA